GUGUCUGUCAUUAUAGGCGAUGCAAAUAUUAAGAAAUGCAUUGAGUUUUCUUUGACUUUAUCAUUUUUUCCAGAAUGUAGAAGUUCCUUAUUAAGAAAUGGUUUUAACUAGAUAAAUAUUUUAAAGUAACUAUGAGAUCUAAAAAUGCUUUCAUUUUAGUAACUAAGGAAAAAUUGAUUAUUGACUUCGAGAAGUCUUGUGAAGAGGUUGGAGCAGCAGGACUGCUUGAUGUCAAACAAGAUUGUCUGUUGGUCCGUGUAGUAGACCGAGUGCUGCAACAUGGGCUGCGAGACCCUGUGCGAGGCUAUUGGAGCCUCGUGCGAGGCCUUACACACUCCACCACACUCAAGUCGAUCGAGGCUUUCGUCAAAUACAUCAGUUCUUCACAACAAAAAGGUCUUGCAUGGACGUUCUACACCCUAGAUGAAGGCUCGCUAGAGUACUACUUGUCUUCACUGGCCCAGGACUCGAAGACGCUAAAUCAGCAUUACCUGGAGCAGAGCUUGUUGAGAGACCCAGCCUUGGCCCAGCGAGUGGUGACUAGCCUAACCAACCUGCGCAGUGAAGCUGCGGCCAUUCAAGCUAGCAUGGAAAGCAGUGUGAUCAGUGAACAGGCGUCCUCCCUUGCAUCACCUGUGGACUCUGGAGUUGCUUUAGUAGAUAGUGACAACUCCACUGAGAAUGAGUUUCAGGAGUACAUGAGGGGCCAACAGGGCAGUGAGUUGGGAAGUAGCAUCAACACACACGUCAGCUCAUCCUCCGACAAUACUCUGGCAGAAGACACGACCAACGGAAACUGUAAACCAGCCGAACCCACCACGGACAAUAGACAAAUAACCGGCAUCAUGGCUCAAAACAAGCAUGACGGCGUGUGCCGACGACCUCGCAAGAAGAAGAAAAGCGAAUCGGCAAAAAGAGUUUCUUUCCAUCAAGAUUCUAAUGAUGACUCAGAAACCGGAGUUAGGCAACCGUCAAACAUCAACAACUUCUUCGUUGAGGGUCGAUACAGCUGGGCUGGAGAAGGGGACAGUUUCUUCAUGAAAGAAAAGGAAAACUUUCGCCAAGUCAAGUCGGAAAUUUACGAGAGAAAAGGUUUGUCUUCGAGCAUUAACAUUUUUGAGUCGGAGUUGGGAAUAGAGGCGGACUGCGACGGAGACAGCAGCACGACUACUUUGGACGACACAAAGUACAAUAUCGAGAUGGUUUGUGAGAAGCUGACCAAUGUCGUGAAGCAGAGUCUUGGGUUGAAGACGAAGGAUAGUGAGGAGUUGAGGGAUAAAGAGACUGAGAAAACGCCUUUGACAGAGCGAGGCGUCCCUGAAGGCCAGGAGGACCCGAAGACGUUUUCGGAGUAUGACAGGCUGCUGGGUGCACGAGGAGCGUCCACUCUUCGGUCGUCUAUCGACCAGACAUCAGAUUCUGAAUGGUCCCUGGAUACUCCUGACGGACUGCUGAAAAUGCGCUUCAUCAGAUAUCCUGGUUCUCAAAAAAGCACUCCAAGGCAGCCAAACUGGCCAGGUAGGAUGUUACAUGAAGCUCCAUCAAAAACGUCCUUGGUCAAACGAUUUCUUAACUCCAUACCUACCAGAAAACCUUACAAAGACAAGAAACCAGUUGGGAAACCAACCCUUUACAUAAAAGGUGUCAAACCUGACCCGGAACUUUCCAAGGAACUUUUGGAAUCUUUGGAGGAAGAAAUGAAGAGCAUCCAGCCACAGGACGAGGGGGAGGAUGAGAAAAUUACUGAACCAAUGCGAACUGCCUUGCAGUCUUCUGUGCUGAUGGACAAAGCUGAGACCAUACUCAAGGUGUACCGGGUGGCGAGCACAGAAGGUGUUCCUCUAUUGGCUGUGCUGACAGACUCUGCUCUCUACAUGGCUGGUCUUGGACCUGACAACUCUUACUGCAGACGACACCACAUCAACUACCACACGUUGGAUACUGUGGUGAUUGGACCUGAGUACCAGACGCUGAUGCUGGUCACUAUGGAUCACAGUGUGACAGUGACUGUUAUAUCUGCUCUGGGACAAUCACUAGUGUGUCACAUGAUGUCUCGGCUGUCUCUCUCUGUCUAUCGGGCGACCAAGACUCACCUCAACGUACGACAGCUCUCUCUCACUUCCACCUUGUACAACGCAUUGCUCUCUCAAGCUUCUCUCACUAAGGACGAGACUCUCCACUUCUACAGGUAUAUUAGAGUAGAGGACUCGUACAUGACCGGACCUCAGAGUUUAACAAGAUCUGGACAUCUCAUGUACAGGUCACACUCUACGGCACCCUGGCUGCCUGGCUUCAUACUGCUCAGUUCCGGACUAAUCUACAUCUUCAGUGACGCCAGCCAGAAGUCACCGAAGCACAUACUGUCUCUACACAGAGGCUACUUUGGGGGGUGUCGGAGAGUUUACAACUCCAACAGACCUCACACAUUCGAGGUUCUACCCUUCGGCCAGCGAGGACUUACGGGGACAUUCCAAUUUGCCGCAGCCGACGAUUACGAGUGCUCGGACUGGCUGCAAACGUUUUUUGAAAUUUCUUCUAACAUGGUCGACAACAAACACGUGGUAACAUGCAAACCUAACAUGCCCGUUGAGGGUUGUGGAUUGUUAUUGACUUCUCGUCGUCUGCUAACAUUGGAUUUUCCCCACAAAGUGUUAGGCUGCGCAAGUUUACAAGACAUUUCUGCCAUCCGCACUGCUUCCACGGCCUGUAUCUUGGAGACCAACUGUUGUGAGGUGCAAGGCAGUGGUGGAGACUGGAUACUAUAUUUCCUCACUGACCAGGCUAUCACGGAGUUUCUGGACGCCCUGUACCAACUUCGGCCGGAACUGAAGCAGGCAUCAGUGGACACAUGGGAGAGUGAAGUACUACACAGACAUUGUCUUCAGACGAGUCAUUCUGUGCGAACUGCUUGGGACCCGCUGUUAAGGCCUUCUGUUUUAAAGCAAAACAGUCGGUGAAGACAUCAUCCCACUGGUUUUGGGUGUCAACCCUACAUAGCUUAGAAUUACCUAUUACCUACCAUUUUAUAAUGCUAAAUGCUACGUUAUUUUAGUUACUUCAAUACUGUGAUAUGCAUUUUAUUUGUUAGCUUUGUAGGUCUAUUGAGUGUUAAGCUUUUUAAUGUGAAUACACUAACAGUUAAAAAUCUUAUUGUAGAAGUAUCUAAUAAAUCAUUUUACAGUUCACGUUGAUACACAGUUGGUAGAUAACUCUGUUAGCUUCUUUUUAGUAAUUUUUUUUUUAUUGUUUUAAUAUAUCUAUAAUCCUGUCCCAAGCUCAAGCCUUAAAGGAGUAGGUUUUCCACACAACAUGUAGGCUAUAAUUUUAAAAUAGCAAAUUGUAAUUUUUAUUUUUAUUCAAUUCACAUUAAAAUAAUAUCACAACUUGUCCACCAUUAACUUAUAGUUUUUUUUUUUUUUUUAUAUCCGUAUUUGAAUAGCUCAUUGUCAAAGAGCCCCUUAAAUGUUAGUGUUUAGUAUUUAUUGAAUUUAAAAUUGUCCUACAACACACAUUUAGAUAUUUUACGUGAGAAUAGUUUUUUUGUCUGUAUGUGUUAGGUUUUUAAAAUCCAUUUUUAUUUUGCAAAGACAAAGACUUAUCUCUGUUACGUUUUUCCAAAUAGCAUUUAAAUUUGGAAUACAAACCUAAUAUUCAUUGUUGGCAAACUCAUGUCGUUUGGUAAUAAUGUACGUUUGUUGCACUUUUAAGUUGGUACUUUGGUUCAACGAUAGCCUAUAGCUUAAAGUUUAAAUCAGUGAAGUAGACAAACCUCAAAACUAGUAAGAUUAGAUAAAAUUAUUGAAAACGUUAUGAAACAUUCUCAAAUGUAUUUUAAUUCAACUGUUUUCAAAAUUAAAUCUAUAAGUGCGAUUAAUAAUAAAGUUACAACACUUUCAAUGUAUUGAAUAUAAAUAAUUUGCUCACUUCAUGUUGUUACUCUUAACAACUCUUUGUGGAAAAUUUAAGAAAGACUAAAAUUUGCUUGUAUUAAUUGAUACAAUGAAUUCCAACAUUUAAAAAUCUGAAAAUCAUUGCAUUCAAUUUAAAUCAAUUUAAUGCCAGGAUUCUUUUGCAUUGAUUUACUUGAAUUACAAUGUAGAGUCUAGAUAGCACACUAAUCCUUUAAUGCAAUGCCGUAAAGAAUUAGCUUUUUUGUCCUAAUUGCAGUAUUGUAUAGUACUCUUAUGAGUGAAAAAGCUUUUUAAGAAAAUAUUUUUGUAUUUGAGAAAAAGAGCUUGAAGAAUUUCUUUUUAGCUGUUGAGGCAAUAAUUUAUAUUUUGAUGAACAACUUUAAAUCAGUGUUAGUGGAUGUAUUUGAAGCAAGAACAUGAGGAUCAUAUCUAUUUAUUUAAUGAUUUUACAACUGUGUAUAUUUUUUUAAUUUAUUAAUGGUGGCUUCCACACUAGAAAUAUUUUUGUUACCUUACAUUGGUACUUUUACUUGUGAGUGGUUUUUAACAUGUUUUUUGAGAUAAUUUGUUAAUUGGUUACAAAAAGUUAACUUAAUUUUAAGGUAAGUAAACUACCAACAAAUCUAGUCAAAUUUCAAAAGUGCUAUAUUUUAAUACUUUUUAAAAUAUCAAUCUUCAUAUAUACAUGCCUUUAGAUUUUGUCAAAAACACAUUUUCUCCUCUUAAGUUGUAUGAAAUAUUUCAUAGUUCAAUUGUUUAUAGUGUUCAUGUAAUCAGCAUAUGAAGCAUAUAAAUUAUAGCAACUGCAAGGGCAUUAUUACUGAUAAUUUUAUAUUUAUCCGUAUUAAAAUACUUCAAAAAAAUAAACGUGUACCCCUUAUACAGCAUAAUCAAACAAUUGUAUGUGAUAUUCCUAGUAUAUUGUGUUAAAUUUGUUUAAGUUUAGGUUGUACUUUUGUUUUAAUUAAUGCUAUUAUUUGUUUAAAAUAUUAGUAAAAAUAAA